GAUAAGAAACGAACGUACAUAAAGAAGCCACUGAACGCUUUCAUGCUCUUCAUGAAGGAGAUGAGGCAGAAGGUCAUUGAGGAAUGCACGCUGAAGGAGUCUGCAGCCAUCAACCAGAUUCUCGGCAGGAAGUGGCACGCGCUGGAGCGAUCGGAGCAGGCGAAGUACUACGAGAUGGCGAAGAAGGAGAAGGAACUGCAUAUGCAACUACACCCCGGCUGGUCUGCCAGGGACAACUAC